AUGUCGACAACCGACAUCAUUGUCCUCGGUGCUACCGGUUUCACCGGUCGCUUGAUCACCGACUACCUCGCGCACCAUCCCCAACGCGCGUCUUUCACUUUCGGUGUUGCGGGACGUUCUCAAGCCAAGCUUGAGGCACUGAAGAAGAGUCUGGAUUUGAACGACACUAUAAAGGUUGUCCAACUGGAUGUAACCAACGGAGCGCAGGUGGAGGAGGCGGUCAAGAGUGCGCAGGUGGUCAUAAACGCGGUGGGGCCGUCCAUUUACUGGGGUGAGCCCGUCUUGAGGGCGUGCUUAAAGCAUCGAAGACAAUACGUUGACCUAUGUGGAGAGACGCCGUGGAUUCGUGAGAUGAUCCUCAAGUACGACUAUGUCGCCACCAAAGCCGGCGUGCUCCUCGUCCCUUCCUGUGGGUUCGACUCAGUGCCCGCGGACCUCGUCGUCCACCUCGCCAGCAAAACCCUCAAGGCCGCCUUAGGUCCACGCGCAUCCCUUGGACCGUCGCUUACGGUCUACCGCGCGAACGGCGGAUUCUCCGGUGGUACCCUAGCUUCCUUGAUGGCGAUCGCAGAGAACGUGCCGAUCGAGAAGCUGCAAGAGGUGCAGGCCGACUAUGCUCUCGGACCCGCGGUCGGGAAGUCGGGCGUGAAGGACAGGUUGUGGUACGAGGUGCCGUUCGCAGUGCCCAACCGCUUUGCGAUGUACUUCUUCAUGGCUCCGAGCAACCGUGCGAUCGUGCAGCGUUCCUGGGGACUGAAUGUCACCGCUGCCGCGGCGAAGGCGUCGAAGGUCUCGUCAGCCGCAGAAGAGGACGAGCUCGCGCGGUCCCUAUACGGCGAGGAGUUCACGUACGACGAGUGUCUGGAGCAGUGGCCUGCGCGGGGUGUGCUGGGCUGGUUGAGCGUCACAAGCGCGAGCUUAGCAUCCGCAAUACUAUUGGUGCUGGUAGUGAAAAUGAAGAUAGGCUUCUUCGAGAUUACAAACCACUCCCGGUCGGUGCGUGCACCAGGAGUCCCAGAGGUGUGCAUCAGGACCGUUAUGCAUGGGCAGGGUGACCCUGGCUACCGCCUUUCCGCCCGGAUGAUCUCGGAGUCUGCGCUUGCGAUCGUUCUGGAGAAGGACAAGCUGCCGCGGAUGGCACAGGAGGGCGGGAUCCUUACCCCUGCGACGGCGUUCGGCGAUGUGCUGAUCAGGAGACUGGAGGCGUGCGGGUCGUUCUCGUUCGAGAGCCAUGUGAUCACGCCUGAGGAAUCUUGCACGCUUGGGGAGGAAGAGAGGAAGCAACACUGAGGCUGGCAGAGUAGUAAACGAGUCUCCUGUAGUGAGGCCCUACACACGACCUCGUUGAGUGGAGGAGGGCAGUCGUGUAUGGAGAGUACGGUGGGCAUCAUCCUUGGCCUCUAGGAAUUGCGAUUAAACUUGUGAAACACAUGUGGUACUUUGUCACCGUAUGGAUGUCCCUC